AUGGCGGCUUCAACCACUGCAGCUGUCCUUUAUGCAGCCACCGUGUCAGUUCCGCCGCAAUCUCCAAUUCCAGAAGAUGCAGAAAGCAAGUCUCACCAUUUGAAGACAGGAGGUUUCCGGAAUCCGUGGGAGUCCUGGAGUACCAUCCCAGCCUUGACAAUCGUCCGAAAGAUGAUUGCUCGUCGACUCACUGGAAAGGCAAACAUCCCCGACACAACUCCGCCAACUGUUCCUGUACGAAAACCGCAAUUUUUGCCAAGCAGAGAGACGCCUAAGCUGAGAGCUACUUGGCUAGGACACGCAUGUUACUACGUGGAGUUUCCGAGUGGUUUGAGGGUACUUUUUGACCCCGUGUUCGAAGACAGAUGCUCGCCGUUCACUUGGCUGGGUCCCAAACGUUAUACAGAAAUGCCGUGUGACCUGAAAGAUAUCCCCUUUAUUGACGCUGUUAUCAUUUCGCACAAUCAUUAUGAUCAUCUCUCCUAUCCAACUAUCCGGCAGAUUCACCAACAAUACCCAGGCUGCCAUUUUUUCGCUCCUCUUGGGAACAAGAAAUGGUUCGCUGACAGUGGUAUUCACAAUGUGACCGAGCUGGACUGGUGGGAAGAACGCGAACUCGAACUGUCGCCAUCUAGCAACUCAACCGAGGUUACGGCUGUGGGCGAUGCUCCAAGCAAACCAUCGAAUAUUCUUGCUCGUAUCGGGUGUCUCCCCUGUCAACACACGAGUGCGCGGACCCUUUGGGACAGAUCGAAGACCCUAUGGGGUUCUUGGAGUGUGGAGUCAGCUAAUUCAAAGGUUUACUUUGCUGGCGAUACUGGAUACCGAGCAGUGCCUGAGCUUCCCAAGGAAGUUGACGACCACGGCCCUGAACAUGCAUACCCGCACUGUCCAGCAUUUGCCCAAGUAGGCCAGCUUCGUGGCCCUUUCACACUGGGUCUAAUACCCAUUGGCGCAUAUGAUCCUAGAUUUAUCAUGAGUCCAAUGCACGCCGACCCCCAUGACGCCGUAAAAAUAUUCCAGGACACAAAGUGCCAAAGGGCCCUUGGAAUGCAUUGGGGAACGUGGGUCCUGACGGAAGAGGAUGUAAUGGAACCACCAAAGAAGCUCAAGGAGGCACUAAAACGAAAUGAUGUCCAAGAGACUGGUAUAUUUGAUGUUUGUGAUAUCGGUGAAAGUCGCGAGUUCUGA